AUGGAAUAUGAAGAAACAGUUGAUCAUAUGCUCCAAAGCUUCAAGGACACGCAAGGCUUGAAGCGCAUUUUGGGUGAAAAGCUCAACUUUGACAAGUUUCGAGACACACAAAAGCUAAGCGCACAAAAUUCAGCACGAGGAAAUCAGUUCAAAGUGUCUUGAUUAGAUUUGGCAGAUAAUCCUCUUGAGAAGAAUAUCUUAACUCCAACAAUAACCACAUCGUACAUAAACACUUUUCGUGACACAACUGCUUCGAAAGCAAAUGCAGAAGAGACACAGAAGCUACUGGCUGAAAUACGAGAAGGAGAGUAUGGUCCCAUCUCAAAAAUACGGCAAGAAAUACGCGAAUGAAUGCUUGGAGAUAGCAAGGAAAACAUCUCUGAGUCCAAACUGAACAUCUACUCUCAAAUCACCAACGAUGAGAUAGAUUCACUGGUCAGACAUCAAGAGGACAUUUACGAAAAAUCUUCAUACACUAUCGGAUGCCUCAAGGGCAAGUUUACAGAAAACAUGCUCAAGGCUAAAAAGCAGAGCGAGGACUUUAAUGCUCAUCAGAAGUUAUAUAAAGUUGAUAUCACAGCUAAGGAGUCAGAACUUGAUCGCAACCUUGACAAAAUCCAAGAAUUUAAUAACAAAAGACUUGUAAAGAACAAGAAGAUGGCUAAAUCCCAUACCAAGGAUCUUCAAGAGAUGACUGAAUUCUUUGAGGCUAAAUUAGAGUCUAUCAAGAAAGAGAAUAACAGAUCCAAGAACACCCUCCAAGAACUGGUCAUUAGUAAGGACGCAGAGCUUGCAAGAGUUAACCAAGAAAUUGACCGUGUCCGGAAAGAGAAAGACAAGCAAUUAGAGAAGCUUAAGUCUAAAAUAGUAGUCAAGGCUCAAUUACAGGAAAUCAAAUCAAAAUAAUAAAUAUUCCAGACUAGAUAUUGACCAGAUUUAUCAGAAAAAUACUGAAAUAAGGAGACAGAAUAAUCUCUUGAGCAGCAAAGUCAAGCAGCUCAAGUCCCAUCUCAGCCAGACCAAGCAGGUGAACUUCGCAAUGGAACUUGGUAUCGAGAAACUCUCUGUAGUUGCUUAUGGCAAGAAAAGGCCCUCUAGAAAUAAGUCAAAGAAGCUUAUGAAAAGUAAAAGCAAAGCUACAAUCAAGCCAACAAGGCAGUUUACCUUGAAAUUAGCGAAGAAAUCCAGCAAAUAAAUCAAGGGAUUUUUCAAGGGUCAAAAUCAGCCUGAACAAAUCUCGACCCAAAAGGUCUCGCUCCAAAACAAAAAGUGUAUGUAAAAACACAAGGCCUAUCUACGAGAAACUGAGAUUACAAAAUAAAAAGAGCGAACAGCCUUACUACCAGUCAGAGACUUUGCAACAAAAUGUGUUAGCUAAUACACGCCAAAUCGAGCACAGGAACAGUUUCAGCUCUGACUUAGACUACUCUGGUGAGUCACUAUUCUCAAAGUCUAAAAGAAGUCAUGCGAAGAGGUCCAAAAUCCAACUACUCAAGACAGGGUGUCUGGAGCUAGACACCAGCAUGAGUGAGAGCAAGGAUGACUGGAUCCAGUGCCCUACUAUUGAAGAAGAUUACAUUAGCUCCUACGGGCCUAAAAUUAAGAGGAAGAUUGACCUUGGUCUCAAGAAGAAGAUGACCAGAUUCGACAGCCAGCCUGUCUUUGAUCUCUAAGUUCAAUUUAGCUGAAAAUUAGA